AUGUCAAAACUCAUGAUGGUGAUUGUUGCUGUUAUCUGUACCAAAUAUCUAGCCCAAUAUUGGGCACGGGCAGAGACAGGGACCGGAUAUUUUUCGACUUGGUCUGCCCUGCAGCACCACAUUCGUACAGCGCAUCCUCCGACUUGCCCUCACCCUUCCUGUAAAGGAAAGACGUUCACAGCACAAAAGGGCCUUCGAGCACAUCUCAAAAUUCAUGCCGAACGGAAUUUGGAAGUAGACCUAGAAUCCGCAAUGGUAAAUUCUGGCGAUGAAGACGCAGAGCGACCGCGAAAGCGUCGUAGAGGCGGUGAGCUCGGUAGAGAUUGGAUUUGCCCAGAGCCUGCCUGUGGAAAAGAUUUCAAAUCUAAGAAGGCUCUCACGACGCAUCAUAGUGUUACUCACCUUGGUCGUCGGGAUUUCAUCUGUCCCGAUUCCGACUGUCAACGUGCGUUUGGCUACAAGCAUCUCCUACAACGACAUGUCGCGAAGGUUCAUGCUCUUCCCCACUCUAAUGAAGAUCGCAGCGACUCCGAUGAGGAAAGUGGAGAUUCUGAUGCUCUCAUGGAAUCACCGUCCGGUAUUGAUUUCAUAACUGGAAACGCAUACGCUAUUCGCUCUCAAACGCUGCUGAGCAACGCAAAUUCCCUCCGAUGCCCCUACCCAAGUUGGCCAGACUACGCAUCCGACGCUCCUUCGGGUUCCAACACGAUCUGUCAAUAUGUAUUCAGCCGAGCGUAUGACCUCCGACGUCAUAUGCUUUCUGAACAUGGACGGCAGAUUCAGAAGGGAGUCGUCGACGCUUGGGUUCGCACAGCCAAACAGACGAAGGCCGUGCCGGAUGCUCAAGAAUAA